AUCUUUCCUUGGGGCCAGCCAUGCCCGAAUAUCAGGGCAGCAUCCUAGGAUCCUGUGGCUCUCAGGUGUAAAAAGAACAACAAUAAGAGAUUCCAUAGAAAGAGACAUAUGAAAAAGAAGAAAGAUUUAUACCAACAAUGAUAAGGCGUCCACCAACAAUUGUUUGUUACAUCUGUGGCCGUGAAUAUGGGACCAAAUCUAUUAGCAUUCAUGAGCCACAGUGUCUGAAAAAGUGGCAUAAUGAGAACAAUCUGUUGCCUAAAGAACUAAGGAGACCAGAACCGAAAAAACCAGAAGUCAGAACCAUUACUGCCAAAGGGUUCUACGAUCUUGACGCCUUAAACGAAGCUGCUUGGACAAGUGCCCAGAGCCAAUUGGUUCCCUGUAACGUUUGUGGGCGGACCUUCCUGCCAGACAGACUAAUUGUCCACCAGAGAUCUUGUAAACCCAAAGCCUCCAAGUAAAGCCCUUUCCUCA